AUGGCUACUACCUACUUUGAGCAAUGCAAGCGUUCCUUCGCUGAUGUCCCCACUGAGGGCGGUGUCGACACAGCAGCUUUCCUCGAAGCUUGCGAAGGUCUCGUCAAGCUCUUCGACCUGCUCGGCAAUUCUGCAUUCAAGGUAGUCCAGAAUGACAUGAACGGCAACAUCGCAAAAAUCAACACGCGACUAAACGCAACCGGCUCCGCUCAAUCAGGAACCCUGGAAAAGCUCAUCCAAAACGAAGGUCCUGGAGGUACAUCCAAACGUCCUGCCACCGAAGGACUCAUGUGGCUCCUCAGAGGUCUCGAUUUCACAGCACAGGCAGUGCGUAAUUCGGUCAACAACAAAAACGAAGAACUCGCUACCAGCUUCACAAGCGCAUACGGUACCACAUUGCGUCCACAUCACGGUAUGCUAAUUCGACCCGUCUUCGCGCUGGCAAUGAAGGCUUGUCCUUACAGGAAAGAUUUCUAUGCCAAGUUGGGUCCUCAGGAUAAGGUGGAUGUCGAGUUGGAAAAGUGGUUGGCAGCUUUGGAGAAGAUUGUGGCCCAUAUGAAGGCCUUCUAUGCCACUGGCAAGUACGACAAGGGCUUCUAG